CCAGCCCGGCACAGCCCUGAGCACCUCCUCCCGGCUCGGCUCUGUUCAGCCAUGCCGCGGGUCAGCGUAGUGGAGGCCAGGCUGCGCGGGGAUGAGUUCGUGCAGUUCCUGCGGGACACGGGCCGGGAGCAGGAGAGGCGGCGGGACACGCUGCGGAGCAUCUACAACCAGGAGUUUCGGUACAGGACCGAAACAAGAAUGCCCAACUUCUCCUGUGUCCUGUAUGCGCUGAAGGUGACCCACCAAGUGCAGGUUCGCGGGGAGCUGGUGCAAUUCAAGAAGAAACAGCAGCGUGUGGUGGUGGCAGACCAGUACUGGAGACCCAGAGGGAAAGCAGAGGCAUCGGUGUCCACAGCUGCCUCAGGGCAGCAGCCCAGCUCUGGUCCUCGAGUGCCCCUGAGCCGUGCCAAGAAGUGGGCUGAGUUCAUCAGUGAGAAGCACGGGGUGAAGAUCUUCUCGGAGCACGACCAGGGCAAUGGGCACAUCCGCUUCCUGGUGGUGCGUGGCAAGCGCCACACGGUCACCAUGGUGGUGCAGAACCACGGAGCUGAGGCUGUGACGCUGCUGUGGUGCCGGCCACGCAAGCCCUCGAAGGAGCUCUCCUUCACUGAUGAGCAAGGGGUGACACAGGGCCAGUCACUGGUGCUGCACCCAGGCGGCACAUACCCCAUCCAGGUACAGUGCCUGGCUUCCUGCAAUGGGUACUUCCAUGCCGUGGUGGACUUCGAGUUCACCAAGGAGCCGCACGAGUCCUUCAGCAUCGGGCGCUGCAUCGCUGCUGUGGCCGAGAGCCAGCUGGCCAAGGACCUGGGGCCCUCGGCACCAUUCCAGCCUUACCAGGCCAGCCUCCAGCACCCUGUUACUGUUGUCACCGAGGAUGGCAUCCCCCCCGAUGGCUUCCUGAAAAGCAAACUGGAGAUGGAAAUCCCGCUGCGCACCUAUCAGUACCCCAGGAGCCUCAAGGACACAAUCCUGCUCGGACCCAGCGGCAGCGCUGGCUCCAGUUGGGCUGCCAUGCAAUCACUGCUGGAGGCCCCCCUCCAAGCUGGGAACUACCAGCACAAGUUCCAGCUGCUGCUGCACCUCGAGGAGAUCCAGAUGGAGGUGGACAUCCGACGCUAUGACAUGCAGGACGUGCCUAUGGUGCAGGACAGGGGACUGCUGGUCCUCGACGUCCCUGGUGUGGCUGAGAACCGCCCAUCGGUGCUGAAGGGAGAUCACCUCUUUGCCAACCUGAGCAGUGAGCGGCACCUCUCCCCACUUACCCAGUACAAGGGCUACGUGCACGGUGUGGAGCUGGAGAAGGUCAGGCUGGGCUUCUCCUCCAAGCUGCAGAAGAAGUUUGUGAACAACCUGAGGUUCGAUGUGACCUUCACCUUCAACCGGCUGCCGCUGCAGGUGCAGCAUCGGGCGGUAGUCCUGGCCAUGGAGCGUGGCUUGUCCAGCCUUCUCUUCCCCUCUGUCUCCUGCCACAAGCCCCUCUUCACGGGCACCUUCCAGCCACGGUGGUUCGACCGCAAGCUGCAGGCAAACGAGGAGCAGUGCAGAGCUGUGACACACAUCGUGACGGGGAUGUCCCGGCCAGCCCCGUACCUUGUCUUCGGCCCCCCCGGCACUGGCAAGACAGUGACUCUGGUGGAGGCCAUCAAGCAGGUAUGGACAUGCUUCAAGGAUGCCCGGAUCUUGGCCUGCGCCCCAUCCAACAGUGCUGCAGACCUGCUGUGCCAGCGCCUCAUCAAGGACAUUGCCCCCCGGCACAUCUACAGGCUCCUAGCCAGCUCCAGGAACUAUGAGGAGGUGCCUGCUGAGAUCAGGCCCUGCUGCAACUGGGAUGAUGGGCAGAGCUGCUAUGUGUACCCGAACAAGGAGCACCUGAGGCACUACCGGAUCCUCAUCACCACACUGGUGACAGCAGGAAGGCUGGUGUCGGCCAACUUCCCCCCAGGAUAUUUCUCCCAUGUCUUCAUUGAUGAGUGUGGCCAGGCUGUAGAGCCAGAAAGCGUGGUCGCCAUCGCAGGGCUCCUGACUGCCAUGGAUGAGGACACCAACCCCAAUGGGGGGCAGCUGGUGCUGGCGGGAGACCCCCAGCAGCUGGGCCCCGUCCUGACCUCUCCACUGGCCAUUGAGCAUGGCUUGGGCACCUCGCUGCUGGAGAGGCUGAUGCUGCACAACCCCCUGUACGAGAAGUCAAGCGGAGGAUACAACCCACAGUUUGUCACCAAACUGCUCUGGAACUACAGGUCCCAUGAGGCCAUCCUCAAGAUCCCCAAUGAGCUCUUCUAUGACAGCGAGCUGAAGGCCUGUGAGAGCGAUGAGCUCGAUGUCCGGAGCCUGUAUCGUAACUGGGAGGAGCUUCCCAAGAAAGGCUUCCCUAUCAUCUUCCAUGGGGUUUGCGGGGAAGACCGGAGGGAGGCCAAGAGCCCCUCGUUCUUCAACACAACUGAGAUCGAGGUGCUGGUCGAGUACCUCAAGAAGCUGCUGCAGAGCCGGGGCAAGGGGGGCUGCCCCAGUGUGUCACCAAAGGAGGUUGGCAUCAUCACUCCCUAUAGGAAGCAGGUGGAGAAGAUCCGGAAAGCCAUCACCUCCCUGGAUCCUGUCCUGCGGGCGCUGCCGGACAUCAGCCUGCUGAAGGUGGGUUCUGUGGAGCAGUUCCAGGGCCAGGAGCGGCGCAUCAUCCUUAUCUCCACCGUGCGCAGCUGCGGCGAGUACUUCCAGCUCGACCAGAACUUCAAGCUGGGCUUCCUCAAGAACCCCAAGAGGUUCAACGUGGCCAUCACCAGGGCCAAAGCUCUGCUGAUCGUGGUGGGCAACCCAGCUGUGCUUAGCAAGGACAAACACUGGGAGAGGUUCCUCAGGUACUGCAGGGAUGAGGGUGGCUACAUGGGGUACCCCUAUGAGGGGGAGAGCCAGGCAGCGGACAGCCUCGCCACGGACCUCCGUGCGCUGCACCUCGGCAACUAGCACCCAGCACCUGCAGUACCGACGCUUGGACACGAGGUGGCAGCACACGCUGCUGAGAGCAACGGCCGCUCCCCUCCCCGUUGACAGCCCCCGGGGACCCCAGCUGCUGAGUGGGGACAGUUUGCAAUAUUGGGGCAAUCAGGGAACUUUUAUUCGAGAUUCUUUAAGACUUUUAUUGCUUUGUAAGGAUUUAUAAUCACAUUCUUCUCUUUUUGCUUUUUA